GAUAAGAAGAAAACAUUAAGUGUCAAGUCAGUGUUUUUGGAGCACAGCCCUGUUUUGUCCUUUGAGGAUGGCUUUCACUAUUUUCAUAUUAGCAUGUCUGGCAGGGGGAAGUACGGCGGUGCUUUCUGUUGACCUUCGACCUUACAAUAUCACGGCGGGUUACAUGUUUGUGAUCAACGACAAAAACGAAGACGCCAUUUUGUCCCUGGCCGAAUUCGAGGCUCCCUUUAAUGUAUAUGACUUCAAUGGUGACAAGAAGAUCGAACGUCACGAAUAUGUUUGCAUGAUUAGAGCCAGCAACGAGAACUUAGUACAUGUGUCACACGCUAUUUACGACUAUUACGAUUUGGAUCAUGAUAGUAAACUGGAGAAACACGACUUUGCCGCCUUCUACAAGAAAAUGGACAAAGAUGAGAACGGCGAAGUCAGCUACCACGAGUUUGUAGUAUACUGGACUCAGCUACUGAAGGAUACGGAGCACCACUCCCUCCACGGCAAUCCCCACCCUCUGCACGAGGACAAGUAUUGUGAGAAACACGGUCACAACAAGGGGAGAUAAGCACAACCCAUCCACAAAAUCUCAUUGCUUAUUCUGUAAUUGAAUCAUUGGUGUUACUGACCAGAACUGCCUGAAGCCACAGGCGCGACAAUAAACCUGA